GGACCUGCGGUGGCGAGGACCAUGUUGCUUCCCAACGUCCUGCUCACCGGUACACCAGGGGUUGGAAAAACAACUCUAGGCAAAGAACUUGCAACAAGAUCAGGAUUGAAAUACGUUAAUGUGGGCGAUUUAGCUCGAGAAGUCUGAUCACCGGAUAUCAUGGAGUCUGGCAAGAUGGCUUCUCCCAAGAGCAUGCCGAAAGAUGCACAGAUGAUGGCACAAAUCCUGAAGGAUAUGGGGAUUACAGAAUAUGAGCCAAGAGUUAUAAAUCAGAUGUUGGAGUUUGCCUUCCGAUAUGUGACCACUAUUUUAGAUGAUGCGAAAAUUUAUUCAAGUCAUGCUAAGAAAAGUACUGUUGACGCAGAUGAUGUGAGAUUAGCAAUUCAGUGUCGUGCAGAUCAGUCUUUCACUUCUCCUCCCCCAAGAGAUUUUUUACUGGAUAUCGCAAGGCAAAGAAAUCAAACCCCUUUGCCAUUAAUCAAGCCAUAUUCAGGCCCUCGGUUGCCACCUGACAGAUACUGCUUGACUGCUCCAAACUAUAAACUUAAGUCUUUACAAAAAAAGGCAUCUACUUCUGCGGGAAGAAUAACAGUUCCAAGGUUGAGUGUUGGUUCAGUUACUAGCAGACCAACUACCCCUACACUUGGCACACCAACGCCACAAACCAUGUCUGUUUCAACUAAAGCAGGGACUCCAAUGUCCCUUACAGGGCAGAGGUUUACAGUGCAGAUGCCCACUGCACAGGCCCCAGCUGUAAAGGCAGCAAUUCCUGCAACAUCAGCAGUUCAGAAUGUUCUUAUUAAUCCAUCAUUAAUUGGGUCCAAAAAUAUCCUUAUUACCACAAAUAUGGUGUCAUCACAAAAUGCUGCCAGUGAAUCAUCCAAUGCCAUGAAAAGAAAGCGUGAAGAUGAUGAUGAUGACGAUGAUGAUGAUGAUGAUGACUAUGAUAAUGUGUAGUCUAGCCUUGGUGCAUGUGACAUGUAUACUUGGUCUUCAUUGUACUGAUUUAACAUGCAUGCUGGAUGUUUUCAAGUCCUGUUUAGAAAACUUGAAUGGCAUUUAGCAAGUAAAUAUAGUUACUGUGCUGUUAGAUUUUGUUUGAUGGGGUUGAUAAUUACUGGUUUUUUCAUUAGCCUUUAAUGUGAAAAAUAAAAGUUUUCAUUGAUCA